AAAUAAAACUCCCUACAAAAACCCCAAAGGCCAUAAGCCAUAACAAAUUAACAACAACAAUCUUUCCAGUUUCAACAACCACCAUCUUAGGCAUCUUUCUUUUCUUCCUCCUUCAACGAACAUCCCAAAGCACACCAAAAACAUAAUCAUAAACAUAAACAAAAAAAAAAACAUGUCAAUCUCUCUCCUCCCAAAACCCUUCCUCUCCACCCCUCUUCCACCUCCCAACACCGCCAUUUCUCGCGCACCACCACUCUCUCUCUCCAUCAAAUCCUCCGCCGCAACAACCACUUCGUCGCCGGUGAAGCUUACCAAAGAUCACACCAUUGAUUCAGUUAAGGCAAGGCAGAUCAUCGAUAGUCGUGGAAAUCCUACUGUUGAAGUCGACCUUUUUACCGGCGAUGGUAACCUUUAUCGUUCUGCUGUUCCUAGUGGUGCUUCUACUGGGAUCUAUGAAGCUCUUGAACUUCGUGAUGGUGAUAAGUCUGUUUAUGGUGGUAAAGGUGUUCUUCAAGCUGUUAACAAUAUUAAUCAUGUUUUGGGUCCCAAACUCAUUGGUGUUGAUGUUAGGGAUCAAGCUAAUGUUGAUGCCCUCAUGUUGGAGCUCGAUGGAACUCAAAACAAGUCCAAAUUGGGAGCUAAUGCUACGUUGGGUGUAUCUCUAAGUGUUUGUAGAGCGGGUGCAGGGGCCAAGAGAAUACCCUUGUACAAGCAUAUACAGGAAAUAUCCGGAACCAAGGAGCUUGUUAUGCCCGUGCCAGCAUUUAAUGUCAUAAACGGAGGGAGCCAUGCAGGCAAUAACUUGGCCAUGCAAGAAUUUAUGAUAUUACCAGUUGGCGCGUCAUCAUUUGCUGAAGCACUUCGCAUGGGUAGUGAAGUAUAUCACAUACUGAAGGGGAUUAUCAAAGCAAAGUAUGGUCAAGAUGCUUGUAAUGUAGGAGAUGAAGGUGGUUUUGCACCAAAUGUUCAAGAUAACCGUGAGGGAUUGAUCUUACUUAUGGAAGCAAUUGAAAAGGCUGGUUACACUGGCAAAAUCAAUAUUGGGAUGGAUGUUGCAGCUUCUGAGUUUUAUACCAAAGAUGGGAACUAUGAUUUGGAUUUCAAGAAACAGCCAAACGAUGGAUCUCAUGUGCAUACACCACAAGGUCUAUGCGACCUCUACAAAGAAUUUGUCAGAGAUUUUCCAAUUGUUUCAAUUGAAGAUCCAUUUGACCAAGAUGACUGGAACUCAUGGGCUUCACUACAAUCUUCAGUAGACAUCCAACUGGUAGGAGAUGAUCUGUUGGUGACCAAUCCAAAGAAAAUAGCUGAAGCGAUUCAGAAAAAGGCUUGCAAUGCACUACUUUUGAAGGUUAACCAAAUUGGUACUGUAACUGAAUCCAUUCAAGCUGCCUUGGACUCAAAAGCUGCUGGAUGGGGUGUUAUGGUCAGCCAUCGCAGUGGUGAAACGGAGGAUAAUUUCAUUGCAGAUCUUUCUGUUGGCUUGGCCAGUGGACAAAUCAAGACAGGUGCUCCUUGCCGCAGUGAGAGAUUAGCCAAAUAUAACCAGCUUUUGCGCAUUGAAGAGGAACUCGGAAGUGUACGCUAUGCUGGUGAAGCUUUUAGGUCACCAUAGAAAUGGAGAUAUGUCCACAAAUCAUUAAUAAAAUAGCCAGGUUGGGUUUUCAGUAUGCUUCAAGUUGAAGUUGUACUGCAGAGUUCUUUUGUAUCAACGCAGAGUGCAGAGCUCAGGAUGGGCAAGUCAAAUAUCAUGUAAUUUUGUCAUUUAAUUAAUUAGUCUGUGUCCAUUUAAUAGGCCAUCCUCAUUUUUGUGAAUUUUGUACGAAUUAGCCUGUGUAAGUCUUAAAUUGAGACAACUUUUUAUCCCUUUUUAACGCACUCUGAUUUGGUGUUUGGCUUUAAAGAAAAGAGAUUAAUUUUCUCCAA